AUGCGGAGACUGGGACAGACCGAACAUGUCGUCCAGGCACGAAGAUCUGCGGUUACUCCGGCGAAGGCGCGGCCAGAGAAGUACCACGGUGUUGUGCGCGAACUGCCAAAGGUGGAUCUCGACCGAACAAGCGGAUCCAGCGGAAGCAGCUUCAAUGCCUCAACCCUUCUUUUUGCGAAUCCGGAGCCUGUGUCUUACAUAACGCGGGUUGAGCAAUGCAUCAAAGACAAUCUCCGAACAGUCGUAGCUGUCUUUGGAUUCUUGCUGAUCAUUUGCGUCGCCGCGCAAAUGGGGCGCUUCGAGGAGACCUCCUCCCCUGAGCCCCAUUUUGAAAAGAUCGUCGAGACGCAAAUCGUCCCCGACUUUUCCCCGAUGCAAGAGCAGCUCCAAGAACUAAAACUCUUGAUCGCUCAGCUCAACGAAAAACAAGCGGCGUCUGAUGAGCUCCUCGCCGCUCAUCAACUGCAAAAUCAGAAGCUGUUGGAGCAAAUCGCUGCUCAAGCCACUACACCGGCCCCAGCUACAGUUGCACCACCGCAAAUUGAUUAUGAGCCGUGCGAUUUCAAAGAGUCUGAGGAGAGGAUUCUGGCAUCGCUGGAGGAUCAGCUAAAUGAGUUUCAGAAGAACCAACAGGUGAUUCAGGACGAUUUCGAGGGCAAAUACGACAUCUUUCUUUCGCAGAUAGCGGAAGUGUCCAAAGCCCUUCGAGAGAUUCCUCCAGCUGCGGUUACAUCAUCUUCAACUGCAAAUCCGUCUCUUUCGCCGCCUCAAGAAACGAUUCCGGACAUUGCUCAGAUGCUCGAUGAGAAGCUCUGGAAAUUCGAUGCUGAUAGAACUGGACUGGCUGAUUUUGCGCUUGAAUCAGCUGGCGCUGAAAUCAUCCCAGAAUUGACAACUCAAGGAUUGAAGAAUAACUCGCCGAUCCUGUCGAUCUGGAAGUUUCCAGUCUUCUAUCAGACAAUGUCUCCUCGCAUCGCCAUCACACCAGGCGCGUAUCCGGGCACCUGCUUCGCCUUUGCUGGUGGCUCGGGAACACUUGCCAUCAAGCUUUCCCAGCCAGUCGUCGUCCAAAACAUCACCCUUCAGCACAUCCCAAAGGAGACAUCACCAGUCGGGCACAUCAACAGUGCUCCGCGCGGGUUUGAGCUCUUCUCCGUCGACGGACGAACCGAACAGCCCCUCGGAGAGUUCGUUUUCGAUGCAGAAGGGAAGCCGAUCCAGACGUUCCAAGUGAAGAGCAACUCCCUUGUCUCUGCUGCCGUGAAGUUCAAGUUCAACUCGAACUGGGGCGCAGAGCACACUUGUAUCUAUAGAACUAGAGUUCACGGUUUGCUCUCGCACAAUGUAGUCUAG